AUGGCCUCUACACGAAUCCCGGCGCUGCGAAAUCUGUUCGGCUGCCAACUGCGCUCCCUGCGCGCCUCAAACCAGCGCCGCUGGGCCCAGGUCCACGAUGUCAGAUUCCUCGCGACCACCCAAGCAUCCCGGAAUGUCCUCGAGAAGUACCGCGACAAGCUCGACGCGAAAGCCCGCCAAGAGGGCCAUGCCGAUAUCCAAGACUUGAAGAAGGCGUAUGCCGACAAGAUCCACGAGAUACGGAAAAAAGAUGCUACAACACCAGGCAUCCCCCCCUUGGAACAGCCACCAGCUCCUACCAAUGCAGCCAGCGCUGGCAACCCUCCUCCUCCCCCUCCUCCGCGGGGCCCAAUAACUCCCGAGGCCGCCGCGGCGCACCAGACAGCAGAGCCCUCUAGCUACCCAUCCAAGUCGGGUGUCAAGCCUCUCGACCAGAUCCUCGACCUCCCCAAGGCGCGAACGCUGCCGGUGCCGGAGCUGACGGCGAUCUGGCGGCUGCGGCACGCGAGCAGCCCGCAGGCGCUGUGCGCGGUGAUCCCGCAGCACACGUACGAGGCGAUGGAGGCGGCGGCGCGGGCGCACCCGCAGUUUGUGCUGCCGCUGCCGCACCCGGAGCAGGGGGCCGAGAUCCACUUCCUGCAGUGGACGUUCGACCCGGCCACGCACACCAGCACCGUGCUGUUCACGCAACUGGCCGAGUACAAGGCGCGCGGCGAGUUCGCCGUGCCCCACACCACCGUCACGCACCACCUCGACCUCGUCGGCGAGAAGGCCGUCGUGCUCAUGCAGGGCACCGUCGUCGCCGACCGCGGCGUCAAGGCCGAGGACGCCAGGUGGCUGGUCAUGUGCCUGCAGCGGUUCUACGGCGGGUGGGACGGCGAGAAGACGGAUGCGCUGAGCAAGGAGAGAGCUGACGAGAGGAAGAAGCUGCUUGAGUGGUUCGGUAAGGGAGACUCCAGGUUCAGUGUCGAAAAGCUGCUGGAGGAGGCCGAGAGAUUGGCUUGA